AUGUUCGUUCCACUGCAAUUGCUUCCGGUAGCCCAGGGCUUUUCUGCCCAGACUCCCGGGCACGAUUGGGCAUCCAUCCGGCUUGCGCUGGAAUAUACCCUGGCCUGGGUUACUGCAGUCGAAAAUGAGGACUUCUGCCAGUGCAAUUAUCCGAGGCCUGGAGACCCAGAAGUGCUCGAUGACCUUGGAAUGUGCAUCGGAGACAUGUGUCUGGAUGAGCCAGUUGGUGAUAAUGGCAAGUUCGUGGGUGAAAUGGACUUCAAGCAACAGGAUUUGAGUCCUGGUGCUGGCGCUGCUCUUGUCGAUGACCCCGCUGCCCCUGCCAUCGCUGCUGCCCCCGUCGUCGUCGCUGCUGCCCUCGUCGUCAUCGCUGCUGCCCCCAUCAUCGUCGCUGCUGCCCCCGCCAUCAUCCCUGCUCCCGUCACUGCUGCUGCUUCGGCUGCACUGGCCAUUGUUGGUCCAGUUGUCACAGGUCCCGGGCCUAUUGCGCAGGCCUCUGCUGGCCCUGCCGCUGGUGCUCCUGCUAUUGCUGCCAUCGCUGCAGUCCCUCCUGCAGGUCCAGGAGGUUUUGAGAUCCCCCCCGGCUUUGCCGCAGCACCGGGCAUUGAGCUCCCAUGUCCUGCUCAGCCUAACGACCACGCUCCAUUUUACUGCAUGAUGCAUGAACGCGUUGUGGGUGUCUUCAAUGACUGGAGCAUUGUAGCUGCGUACAUACAUGGCAUUCCCGGUGCCUUCUGCAAAAAGUAUCCGUCAUACUUCUCUGCACUCAGUGCAUUCAAUGUUGCCCAUACACAGGGCACGGUGCAAGUGUUGUGA